UCAAUUGUUGAUUUCUUUCUGUAUUAUCCUCACGAUUAAUGCUAAUCCGAUUUUUAUUUGGUAUAAACACCCACAUCGUGCCAGAUAAAUCUAUAAAGAGCAGACCGACCCUUCUUUCCCUUCCCUUCCCUCGGUUCGAACACAAGGAUUUUCUAGUCCUCUGUCUGUGUCUCCUCCUCCUCUUUGCGCUCUACCAGUGCUCGAGAAUCGUUGAAGACACAAGCGGCGUUAGGGUGGGUGCCUUUGCAUGCAGCGUAGAUGGAGAAGCUGGAAGUUGCUGAUUUUGUGUUCAACCGAAUCCAAAAGAUUGAACCAGAGAAUGCUAUGAAACUCAUUGGUUAUCUUCUUUUGAAGUACACACAAAAGGAGUUACUGGAGUUUGCACUGGGACCAGACAAUCAUAUCCUUUCUCUGAUCAAUGAAGCCAAAGCAUAUAUUGCAUUGUCACGAAAGGCGAAUAUGGCUCUUCCUAUGCAAUUGCAAUUCCACCAAGAUUCACAGUUUCACUACAUGCCUUCUUCCCCAACUUUUUCAAGAACUAUCUCUUCGCCUUCUAGCCUUCGAAUUGGAGUUCCCCCGUUUGCUCGUCGGCUAUCUACUGAAGAAAUGUUACUUCCUCAAAAUAUAGAAUCCUUGCCUUCUUUGAAUACUGAUUUGAUGGGUCUUGAUAAACAAACUGCAUUUUGGGCCUUGAAGGAUCAGUCAAAUGAUAUGAAUCACUUUGGUGUGGACCACUCAAAAAGUUACUGCUUGCCUGAUGCUGCAUUUGCUGAUGGUUUCUGUUCCAGGAGCAACGUACAGUUGCGCCAAGAGUUGAUUGAAUCAUCUCCAAAAGCUUGUCAUUACUUUUAUAAGGGAUACUGUAAGAAUGGCAUCAACUGUCGGUUUUUCCAUGGUCAGGUAACUCCUAAGCAGUUUUCAGAUGUGCAUGAAGCAAAAUUUGAUGAGUUUGGUAGUGAGGAUCAUUCGAUCCCACCAUGGUCAUUUGAUAAAUUGGAAUCGGAGAUCAUGGAUUUACUGAAAUCAAAGCGAGGGGCUCCUAUUUCUAUAUCCUCUUUGCCAAUCUUGUACCAUGAAAAAUAUGGUAAAUUGCUUCAAGCUGAUGGUUAUCUUACAGAGAGCCAACGUCAUGGUAAGAGUGGCUUCAGCUUGACGAAGCUGCUUAACAAGUUGAAUCAUAACAUUCAACUGAUAGAAAGGCCACAUGGGCAACAUUCAGUUAUACUUGCAGAAGAUGCUCCCAAGCAUAUUGAGUACAGGAGUGAGAGGGGCGAUCAAUUUGGAUUUCUUUCAAGUUCUCAUCAGAUAUACCUUACUUUCCCUGCUGAAAGCAUGUUUUCGGAGAAAGAUGUUUUCAAUUAUUUUGAUCAGUAUGGCCCUGUUCAUGAUGUGAGGAUUCCACGCCAAGAGAAGCGAAUGUUUGGGUUUGUGAGCUUCCUCUGUUCAGAGACUGUACAAGUUAUUUUGGCAAUGGGUCAUCCACAUUACAUUUGUGGUUCACGUGUUCUUGUUAAGCCAUACAAGGAAAAAUCAAAACUUACAGACAAGAAGUACUCAGAGAAGGAGCCUUCUGUAUGUUUCCCUUCUCAAUGUUUUGCAGUGGACCACAACACGGACACAAUGUUCAAUACAUCUGAAUGUGCCGGAUAUCUCCACAGUCAGCUAUCUGAAGAUCAUGAACUUGCUAUUGAACUAGAGAGAAGACGGUUGCUUGAGCUGCAGCUGAACCCAGACCGACUGAUAUCACAAUCAUAUUUCAGCAACAAAAUAAAUGAGAAUGAUGCCGACACUAAUUCCACUUACUUAGUGAGUGGUUUCGGUAGUGAUUACAUGGCUAAGCAGGCAAUGAAUAAUUAUAAUGAUAGAAAGAGUGACCACAUCGAACUCCCGGAUAGUCCUUUUUAUUCACCUGAGAUAGGAUGUAGCAUCUCCACAGUCAUAUAGAGCUUGACAAGGAACUUUACCUAGAUUUUUAUAGGGUGAUUCAAAGUUUUACAGAUCUUCUCAAUCUUUCAGAGGAACUCAAUCCACAAGAAAUCAUCAUCGGAUGAUACCUUCUUCGAUGAGGCCAUACAUAUGAUAGAAAAGCUACAUGAAAAUAGGAACCAUAGUUUUCAAUGUUAAAUAUCGUGUCGUUAGAUUUAGCAAACAAUGUCGACUCGCAUACUUCUUACAAGGAUAGAGCAUGUAUUUACUAUUCUCAAACGUUCCAGGAUAAGUACUAUAGUUCUCUUUUUCCAAAAUUUAUUCUUGGCCACAACAUCAAACUAGGUUGGCCAUCUGA